UUUAUAUAAUGUCAGAAAUACCUGAUCAUAUAUUAACUCUCUAUAAAGAAAUGGGAUUUGGAGAGUUUCACAUAAGGCAAUGCUGGGUAAUUUCCAAUUGCAAUGAUGGCUAGUAGUUUUAGGCAAAUUUAUUUGGGGAGAAUCAUAAUUCUCAACCUCCUCCAUAGCCUUAACAUAAAAUUCCACAACCUCCUUCACUUCCUCCACCUCAACAAGUAUAUAUCUAUUAUUAAAAUAAUAAAGCAGGGUGAGAACUAACAAUAAUUUUUUGCUAGAUUGUUUGGAUCAAUUCCUUAUUUUAAAGCUUAAUUACGAAAGAAAGAUCAAAUAGUUGGUAUACAAAAUAUUGGAAAUACAUGUACUAUUAAUUCAAUGUUAUAACUUUUCCAUUCGAUUCCUUAAAUAUAUAAUUUGUUAAUUGAAUGUGACAAUACAUCCACAAAUGUACAAAACUUAUACUAAAUUAGUGUUAUGGAAAAUUUGUAUAUGAAAUAUAGACCUUAUUUACAGAACUGACAGCAUCAAAUUUGGAAUAUAUUUAUCCAAAAACUGCUGUAAAAAGUCUAAGUUUUGGGUCAGAUGACAAAGAAUAUAUUGGAGUUCAAUAAGAUAUUGUCGAAAUAUUUAAUUUAAUAUUAACUAAGUUUGAUUAAUGCAUUAGAAGAUUACAUUAAAAACAUUUAAUGGAAUCAAUUAAAUAUAAAGUAGAAUUGUUUGGCCAUUAGGAAUUAAAUCAACUUUUUUAAAUCAUUUUUGUAAAUGAAACUGGAAAAAAUGAAUAUCAUGCAUAUUUAAAUGCUACAUUGAAACAUUAAAACACUACAAAAUUUUUAUUAAGCGAAUUUAAAAAUAAAAUAAUACAUUUGCCAAAAUUCUUAAGAAUUUCAGUUAAUAGAAUUUAAUUUUAAAAAAGUAAAAAAUUUUGUUUCAAUUUUAGAUAAUUCAUUUAAAUCAAAGGAAAUAUUUUUGAUUGAUGAAGAUCUGAAUUUAGAUAUGUGUCUGAAGAAUAAUUAAAAUUAAAAUUAAUAAGAAGUUGAUAAAUUAUAAAAUACAGUCAAUUAGUUAUAAAAUGAGAUUAAUAAACAAGCAAAAAGACUCGAUAGUCUUAGAUAUGUCAUUAACUUGUAUGAAAAGGAAAAUAUUUUUAUUGAUUUGAUAAAUAUAUUAAAAAUAAAAUAGAAACAACUAGAAUAAUAAUUACUCUAGUUAGAAAGUAAGUGUUCGUAGUAAAAAUAAAAAAUUAAUAAUUUAUAAAAUUAAAAUAGAUAUCAAUAUAAAAUUCAUUCAAUAGUAAUUCAUUUUGGAUCAGCUUAUGAAGGACAUAAUUAUAUUUAUAUAUACAAUUUUCAUUUUGGAAAAUGGAUGAUAUUUAAUGAUAAUACUGUAUAAUUUGUGAAUAAGUAGGAAGUGGAAAAAGAUUCAAAAAUAAAUGCUCAAGUAGUAAUAUAUGUAGAUUCUUAAGUGAUACCUAAAUUAAUUGAACAUUAUAAAUACAUAUAAACAGUUGGAAAUAUAAUAGUGUCUAAUCCAGAUAAAAACUUAAAAUAAAUAGAAGAACUAAACAAAAUACCAUAAAAUAUACUUGAAUUACUGACGGAAAAAAAUAAAAGAAAUUAUUAGAGCUAGCUAAAAUAAUUUUAAUGAUUAAAUGAUGAC